AUGGUUGUGGGCGGCACGGGGCGGGUGGGGCGGCAUAUUGUGUCGCAACUGGUGGCGGAGGGAUACUCUGUGGUGGCGCUGGUGGGCAGCGAAGAGCGCGCGGACGAGGUCCUGGCUAAGGAGCAAGGCCUUCAGGUGCAGCCGCUGGGAGAGGACGAGGGCGUGGUGGAGGCACGUCCGGGGCGGGUGCACGUGGUGCAGGGCGAUAUCAACGACGCCGACGCCGUGCAGCGCGCGCUGCGAGGCGCGGACGCCGUGGUGUGCGCGGUGGGCAUCCGCGUCAAGCCGCGCACGGAAGAGGGCGGGUUCCCCGGAUACGCGGACGGGUCGACCCCCGAGGACGUGUACGGCAAGGGCGUGCCCGCACUCUUCCGCGCAGCGGAGGCGGCGUUCCGAGAGGGGGGAAGCGAGGGGGCGGAGAAGGAGAGCGAGGACUUGAUGCUCUUCGACUUCCAGUCGCUCUCCGCUCCUCCCGCUGCCGCCGCGGAGGGGGGAUCAGGCGCAGCGGAGCAGGCGGGAGCGCGGGUGUACGUGGAUGGGUGGGGGCGGUUCGACGAUGUGAUCAUGGGCGGCAUCUCGGAGAGUGUCCUGCGACCUGAUGUUGGCAAGGCUGUGUUUGAGGGCACGCUGCGAGUGGAGGGCGGUGGCUUCUGUGCCUCUAGGACUUCCUUCCCCACACCGUUGGACCUGUCGGCCUAUGACGGGCUGCACCUGCGAGUCAAGGGCGACGGUCGUCGCUACAAGCUCAACCUCAGAGACGAGAAGUCACAGGGCGAGUUCCAGUACCAGGCGAGCGUUGACACUCUCAACGGCCAGUGGCUCGACGCAUUCAUCCCCUUCUCACAGUUCAGGGCGGUGGAGCGGUCUCGCUCUGUGAUGGACAGCCCACCUAUCAACACAAAGAAGAUCCGCACCCUGGGCAUCGUGUACAGUCGCUUCCAGUGCGAUGGCUUCCCCAACCCUCUCUGCCUCCCUGGGGAAUUCUCCCUUGAAAUCGCGUCCAUCUCGGCGUACCGUGCGAGCCGGCCCCAGGUGGUGCUGGUGAGCAGUGCAGCAGUGCAGCGCAGUGCACGCGUCAUGACGGCCAAGGAGAGGAGCAAGUCCAUCCCCAUCGUACAGCUCAACCCAGGCGGAAUACUGUCAUGGAAGCUGAGCUGUGAGGAUGCGGUGCGGGCCAGUGGGCUGCGGUACACGGUGGUGCGACCCACAGGACUGCUGGGCACAACUGAGGCCAAGGCAGACACCGUCAACACGCCCCACAUCCUUGAGUCGGGUCAAGGCGAUGUGCUGACCGGCCUCAUCUCGUGCCCCGAGGCUGCAGCUGUCUGUGUCAAGGCGCUUGACGCUCCCGAUGCUGUCGACACCACGUUUGAGGUGAGGCGGGAUGAGCUGACAGCAGGGCUGAGCAUGGAGGAGCGGCACUGGGUGGACCUGUUCCAGCGCCUCAGGCCUGACGUGCGCAAUGGCCGCGUGCAGUACCCAGCUGUUCCUAAUGCCAUCUCUGAUGCCUUCAAGGGGUAG